AUGAUUGAUCAUUUUACGAAAUACACAGAGGCAGCUCCCUCCAUGACAGCAUCAGCGGAGGAGACGUGUGAUCAUUUGAUAAAUGAUUGGAUAGCAAGGCACGGAUGCCCGAUCACGUUCCAGUCAGACAAUGGCAUAGAAUUUCAGUCAGACAAUGGCAUAGAAUUCCAGUCAGACAAUUGCAGAGAUCUCACAAAGGAGUUAAUGAAGGAGUCGCAAGUGGCAAAGGUCCACUCGACCACUUAUCCUCCACAAACGAAUGGCCUGGUCGAAAGACAAAAUCGCACACUAGUUUCCACGUUGAGGGUCUAUAGCUCACGAUACCUGGACGACUGGGAUAGGCACUUGCCGCAGGUAAUGGGCACUUACAAUAGCAUUGAACACUCCACCACGGGAAUAAGCCCGCACAUGAUGUUAACAGGCAACGAGAAGGCCGUCCCAUUAACGUUCUUCUACCCUGAGUACGAGUGUAAGAGAACAGCGCCACAAACGUACGUGCAUGACGAGAUCAGGAGGCAACAGGAACUCAAUGAUCCGUACAGGAGAAACACGCAGGAGGCUCAAAACAGGCAGAAAAGGCGGUUUGACAAGAGGACCGCUGAUUCAAAAGCCUAA